CCUGCUUUCAUAUACAAUCUCCCUCACCAGCACAAAACCAGUAACUACAUCUGAGCUAUUAUGUUGAAAGAAGAGAGCAAUUGGGCACAAGCCUGUGAUACAUGCAGGUCAGCCGCCUGCACUGUGUACUGCCGAGCUGACUCUGCCUACUUGUGCACGAGCUGUGAUGCUCAAGUCCAUGCUGCAAAUCGUGUUGCUUCCCGCCACGAACGUGUUCGAGUCUGUGAAUCAUGUGAGCGAGCCCCUGCUGCCUUCUUCUGCAAGGCAGAUGCUGCUUCUCUAUGCACAGCAUGUGACUCACAGAUCCAUUCCGCAAACCCACUUGCUAGACGACAUCAACGAGUUCCGAUUCUGCCAGUCUCUGGCGACUCUUACAGUUCCAUGGCCACUAACCAUUCCAGUGAGACAACACUGACGACAGAUCCAGAGAAUAGACAGGUGGUGGGUCAAGAAGAGGAGGAUGAAGAUGAAGCAGAGGCGGCUUCUUGGUUGUUGCCUAAUUCAGGGAGAAACAGUGGUAACAACAACAACAACAACAACAACAGCCAGAACAAUGGUUUGUCGAUUGGUGACGAGUAUCUUGACCUUGUCGAUUACAACUCCGGUCUGGAUAAGCAAUUCACAGAUGAAUCCAAUCAGUAUCAUCAAGAAGACUGCAACGUACCUCAGAGGAGCUAUGGGGGAGAUGGAGUUGUUCCACUACGAGUGGAAGAAUCAAAAGGUCAUCACAUGCACCAAGAGCAAUACAACUUUGAGUUUGGAUUCACAAAUGUCUCCUCAGGAGCUCAUCGAAGCUCCAAUGGUUCCCCAAGUCAUAUGGUGAGUCAUAUCGGAGCUGUGCCAGAGUCUGCAACUAGUGACACAACAGUAUCACACCCAAGAUCGCCCAAAGCGGUAGCAGAGCAGCUACCAGACCCUCCAACUCAGAUGCUGAGUCCAAUGGACAGAGAGGCUAGGGUCAUGAGAUACAGAGAGAAGAAGAAGAUGAGGAAAUUUGAGAAGACCAUAAGAUAUGCUUCGAGGAAAGCGUAUGCAGAGACAAGACCACGGAUCAAAGGCCGGUUUGCAAAGAGGAAAGAAGUCGAUGCAGAGGCAGACAAAGCUUUCUCCACAAUGAUAAUGUUCGACACAGGAUAUGGAAUUGUUCCUUCAUUCUAAGGAUUACACAUGCUUAGUUACUACCACUGUAAUGCAUUAUAGGUCUGUAGUUUUUGUCUAACUACUACGAAUUAAUUAGAUAUAUGUAUUCAUAUAUUUUGCUGCUAUAGUCAAAACAAAUUUUUCCCA